AUGACGGCAGCUACGACAUGUUCCACAGCUACUAGCCAAGAGUCGCGAUUUAUCGAUUACCCAAAACCACGUCAAGGCCCAGAAACGACAAUAAAGCAGAGAAAACUUGACAAUCCAGUAUUAAGUGGCUCGAUAUUAGUCUUUAUCGCAUUCAUAAUCAACUUAAUCCGCUUCAUCCGUGAAAUAGUCUGGAAGAAUGCAGGUUUCGGAUCUUUAAGAAACAUUAGAGAAGCUUUGGAAGUUUAUGAAGCACGAUACGACCCAGCAGUGAUCCCGUUACCAAACACCACCACACAAGCAGCCAUUGAAAGCCAGCAAACAGCAACACCUCCAGAGUCUGUCGUCGAGGAGUCACCAUCAGAAACACCAUAUUACUCAGUCGCCGAUUACAGAAAAUUGUAUCUGUCCGGAAAAGCCACUCCCACAGAUGUCGCCCACGCCUUAUUGCCGCUUAUUCGUCGAGACAUCAGCCCUAAGGGCAAACAUUCCACCGCCUGGAUCAGCACAAGAGUCGGCCUUGUUCUAAAAGCAGCAGAGGAAUCAACAAUAAGAUAUCGAGAGGGAAGACCUCUUGGUCCACUUGACGGUAUACCUGCUGCUAUCAAAGAUGAUUUCGACAUGGACGGAUAUGAGAUGACGAUGGGAUCGAAGAACAACUAUGCUGGCAAAGCAGUCAGCACAGGGUCUAUCACGAAUUGGUGUGUUGGAAAGCUUCAAGAUGCAGGCGUGAUUGUUUUGGGAAAGCUCAAUAUGCAUGAAUUUGGAAUGGAUACCACAGGCAACAACCCCAACCACGGCACACCGCUCAACCCUUUUAACCCAAAGUACUAUUCUGGUGGAAGCUCAUCUGGUGCUGGAUACGCAGUUGGCGCAGGCUUGAUCCCCAUUGCUUUGGGUGGUGAUGCAGGUGGCAGUAUUCGAAUUCCAGCUUCUUACUGCUCAGUCUUUGGUUUGAAACCUACUCACGGACGUCUCUCUUCAUUCCCGACACCAAAUCCUGCUCCAACCUGUUGUGUUCAGGGUCCCAUAGCAGCAGACAUGUACUCUCUCGCAACAGUCUACGACAUAAUCGCCGAUCCUCAUCCGACAUCUCGCUUCCCCCGUCUUUACCGAGAGCCUUCAAGGCCUUUGGCGAAGCUACUCGGCAUCUAUGAGCCGUGGUUUGACUUAGCAGCGCCAGGCGUCCAAACCAUCACCAGAAGGAUGAUUGACAAGCUCUGUACAGAGUACAACUACGAGAUCGUUCCUAUCACAAUUCCGUUCACAGAAGAAGGACAGAUCGCUCACGCCAUGACUGUCUUGGCAGACGCAGCGUCUCUCCUCCCAGAAUCAGCAAACACAACAGCUGCGAACAAACUACUACUCGCCAUGGGACGGACUACACCAGCAGGAGACUACGUCUUGGCCCAAAAGCUCCGGAACCUAUUGAUGCAGCAUCUUGCGCAUCUGUGGCAGAUGCACCCCGGCAUGAUGAUCAUCACACCGACGACAGCUUGCGGCGGUGCGCCGAUAAGACGUGGAGCGAGUGAGUUGAAGCAUGGGCUAAGCGAUGGAGACUUGACGAUAGAGAGCAUGACGUAUGUUUGGCUGGCCAACUUUUGCGGCAUGCCUUCGUUAUCCAUUCCGGCUGGCUUUGUUGUGCCGGUGGGUCAAGAACGAGCAGGUGAAGAGGCUGAUGAGAACACCGUUGGUAAAGUCCCUAUUGGGUUGAUGGCGACGGGUGAAUGGUGCAGUGAGAAAACUCUUCUUGAGUUUGGUGUGGAGGCUGAAGCUGUGGGAAGUGAAAAGAGGUGCAGGCCGCCUAUUUGGGAAGAUAUCCUGAGCCAAGCCAAGACGGUCGCUCAGAGUCAAGAGAAGAACUAUAGUUCAGACAGUGUCUAA